CUCAUUUUGGCCAGACCAAAAUAGCAACAAACUUGAAGAAUUAGAGAACUUAGAAUGUGCAGACAGAUUUGAAUAAUUCUCUACAAUAUUUAAGAAUUAUAUUCGUACAUACACCUUACAGAAUGUGGAAAUAUUGGAUUAUUGUUGCAUGGAUAUUUAUUUGUGUAAAAAAUGCAUUGGCGUUGCAGCAAGUCAAUAUCGGUGCAAUAUUUUAUGAAGAUGAAUUCCAUUUGGAACGAACCUUUAUUGCGAUUGUGAAGGACAUCAACAAUGAGAGGGACAACAACUUCAAAAUGCUGCCAUUAAUAAGGCGUGUUAGUGAAACAGACGGCAGCAUGAUCUUGCAACGCGAAGCGUGCGAUCUAAUUGAUAAUGGGGUGUCGGCUAUUUUCGGACCAAGUUCAAAGAUAGACAGCGACAUUGUUUCGGUGAUCUGCAACAACACAGGCAUACCACACAUACAAUUCGACAUUAGCUAUGAGGAGACUACAGAGGAGAAACUAAAUCAUCAGAUGACGUUGAAUGUUUACCCCGCUCAGCUGAUGCUCUCAAAAGCAUAUGCAGAUAUAGUACAAAACUUUGGUUGGCGAAAAUUUGCAAUAGUCUAUGAUGGAGAUGAUCCACGAGCUCCUACACGUCUCCAGGAUCUUUUACAAUUACAAGAUAUUCACAAAGAUGUAGUGCGCGUUCGAGUAUUCAAAAGAGGAGAUGAUUUUCGAAUUAUGUGGAAGAGUAUAAAAGGUGAACGACGUGUUUUGUUAGAUUGCAAUCCCGAUUUGUUGGUAACUGUGCUGAAUGCGUCUGUGGAAUUUGAUUUGACUGGGCAAUUUAACCACCUGUUUCUUACUAAUUUGGAUACACAUAUCGUAGACUUAGAAGAGUUGCGAGAUAACGUGAGCUUCGCCGUGAACAUCACUGCGGCUCGUCUGAGAUUAAAUGGCGACUUUUAUAGCGUGAAUGUAGGGCAGCGAGCUUCCCUGUACGAGGACGACCCUUUGUCCGACCAACCCAUUCAAACACUCCUACACAAUUUGCUAUAUGACGCUGUAAACGUUUUCGCCAAUGCGAUACGAAAUGUUAGCUACAGCUAUCAAAUACGGACACCUCGCGUGCGCUGCGACUUCACUGAGUAUGGCCGCGUACAGCCGUGGGCUAUGGGACGCUACAUCUAUCGCGUGAUGAAGGCGACAUCAGGCGUCAAUAACACGGAUUAUCGUUCGACUGACCUGCAAUUUGAUGAGGAUGGGCAGCGUGUUAAUUUUGGUAUUGAAAUAUUCGAACCAAUGGAAAAUUAUGGCAUCGCUUUCUGGGAUCCGAAAGGACAAAUUGUGCCUCAACAUGUGGAGGCGGGUAUUGCGAAGAAGAUAGUUUAUCGUGUUGCGACGCGAAUAGGAGAGCCGUACUUCACAGAGAUACCCGAAAUGGUGGAGCAGAAUGUGACUGGCAAUGAACGGUACAUGGGCUAUACGGUAGAUUUAAUUAAAGAACUGGCAAAUCUUAUGAAUUUCGAGUAUUUGUUUGUGCCUGUGCGGGAUAACCAGUAUGGCAAAUAUAAUAAAGAAACAAAGCAAUGGAAUGGCAUCAUUGGCGAGCUGAUAAACAAUGAUGCGCAUAUGGGCCUUUGUGACUUGACCAUCACACAGUUACGCCGUACUGCUGUAGACUUUACUGUACCCUUCAUGCAGCUUGGCGUUAGCAUAUUAGCCUAUGAAGAGACUCCGGAAAAGAAGAAACUAUUAGCAUUUCUUGAUCCUUUAAACGAAGAAGUGUGGAUGUAUACGAUGGUUGCCAUAUAUGUAGUAUCCUUUUUGUUUGUGUUUUCAGCAAGAAUUGCCGAAGACGAGUGGGAAAAUCCACAUCCUUGCAACAAAGAUCCCGAAGUGCUGGAAAACAAGUGGGGUUUACUCAAUACAUUCUAUUUAACAGCGGCCUCCAUCAUGCAGGCUGGUUGUGAUAUAUUACCAAAAAGUGCUCCGUUUCGUACCUUCACCGCUAUGUGGUGGAUAAUCGCAGUUAUUUUUCCCAACUCAUACACUGCUAAUAUGGCGGCAUUUUUGACUAGCUCAAAAAUGGAGGGUAGUGUAACGGAUCUUAAGACUCUUGCCGAACAGACAGAUGUUAAAUUUGGUACUUUGGAGGGUGGCAGUACAUACACGCUUUUCGCCGAGUCCAACGAGACAGUCUAUCGUUUGGCUUUCAAUAUGAUGAACAACCAAGAUAACUCGGUGUACACAAAGGAUAAUAAAGAGGGUGUGGAACGAGUCUUGAAGAGUAACGGCACUUAUAUGUUCCUUAUGGAGACAACCACCUUGGAAUACAACAUUGAGCGCAGUUGUGAGCUCCGUAUGGUGGGUGAAAAAUUUGGUGAAAAGCAUUACGCUAUAGCGGUACCUUUCGGCGCUGAAUACCGCUACAACUUAAGUGUGAACAUUUUGAAGCUCAGCGAAACCGGAAAAUUGUUCGAUUUGAAGAACAGGUGGUGGAAGAAUAAGACAUCGAAUUGUAAUAAAAAAGCGGGUGGCGAUAAUCCAGAUUUGGGUUUCCAGGAGGUGCGGGGCAUAUUUUACACUCUUUUCUUUGGUCUCUUUACAGCUUUUUGUUUCGGAAUUUGCGAGUUUUUGAUGCACACACAUGAAAGAGCUUGUGAGGAAAAUCUACGCUUCAAAGAGGUCUUUGUGAACGAAAUGCGUUUCGUUUUCCGGAUUUGGAAUAAUAGAAAGCCAGUAAGUUGCACACCCACAGCCAGUCUUACGGCCUCUUCGCGUCGCUCGUCAAACCGAACUAUAAAAUCAUCAAAGAAAAAGAAUUCGCGUGAAUCGAGUGCCACGUCAGAGGAGUUACGGGAUUUGGUUAACUUUAAAAGCACAAAUAAUGGCUCAAUCAUCGAAGAUGCUAAAAUAUAAAACUAUAGAAAUGUACAGAUAUAUAGAACAUUUUAGGAAAUUAAACGGGAGAACAAACAAUUAAAGUAAA